GUCCCGGAUGAGAUUUAGCAACGUGCGCUUCAGCCUCUGGAUGGCCCGCAAAAUAAAAUAACAUUUCUAAAAAUCCCCCAAAUAUAACUAAUCGCCCAGUGGACGCGUGCAAAACGCUUAACAGUUUUUUAUUAUCUAGCUUAGUGAAUUUCGAGUUAAAUAGAAUCGAAUACAAGCAAUAAUUAAAUCUAACCCAAAAGGCCAAUAGUUAAGAGUGAUCUGGGAGCUGGUAGCUGGGAACUGGGAACUAACGUGUAUCUAUAGCGAAAAUAAUAAACUUGAUUACAAUGUUAAUGUUAAAUGUGGAAACUUUGGGCACGCAAAGCCGAGGAGCGUAGACGCCGACCGUGACAGAGGCUGUGGCAGCGGCGCCGGCGUCGCAGUUCGCAUUGUGUAUAAUAAAAUUGGCGAAAGGCGAAAUGAAUUGAGCAGGCCAACGCAAAGGAGCCGGAGCAGCAGCGCUGGAGAGGGGGGAAAGCUGGAGAAGGAGCUGGGGGGGCAGGACUAGAAAGCAGAGCCAAAGAUGUGCGCGCACAAUACAAAAAAUUACAAAGCAUACUUUUGGGAGCGGCAAAUGGCCGAAAUCAACAGCGACAGCGACAGUGACAGCGCAGCAGCAGAGCCCAACAGCAGCGACUGCGGCCGAGGCAGAGGCAGCAUCAACAAAAACAAAACCAAAAACAAAGCCAAAGCAACAACAGCAAUGUCACCGUUACAACUGAAGCCGAUGCUGAGCGGGCACAAAUAAGCAAUAGGUCAGAGCGAGAGGGCAGCUCACACUCGUCGCCAAAAAGGAGUGGAGCGGAGAAGGGGACACUAAACCCGAGAGAGCAUCCCAAGGCCAGAGGAAAAAUGGCCAACGCCUUGCGUGGGUGCAGCCAAAAGGAUAAGCAGCGGGUGAAAGCAAACUAAAGCGACACACACACAGAGUCCUGAAAAAGAGAUAGCUAGACACAGAUUAAAUUAGCAAGAAAGGGAGCCAAAGAGAGAGAGAGAGACAGAACGAGAGAGAUAAAGAGAGAUAAUCGUAAUCCCCCGCAGCUGCAAAACAGAUAAAAUCACGCAUACGCCAUGGAGCCAGUGAUGAGUCUGGCACUGGCCGCCCACGGUCCGCCCAGCAUACUGGAGCCGCUGUUUAAAACCGCAACCACGAGCACAACGACCACCACCACGACGACGACCAGCACCACCACAACCACCAGCAGUCCGGCGGGACUAACACCCACUGGCACCACUCUGCUGACGGCCCUGCUGGAGAAUCUGACGACAACGGCGGCCAGCGGGAUGUACGAUCCCUAUUCCGGGCUGUAUGGCAACCAGACGAACGGCACCAUGGGCUUCGAGACGAAGGGACCCCGGUACUCGCUGGCUUCUAUGGUGGUCAUGGGCUUCGUGGCGGCGAUUCUGAGCACGGUGACGGUGGCGGGCAACGUCAUGGUGAUGAUCUCCUUCAAAAUCGACAAGCAGCUCCAGACGAUCAGCAACUACUUCCUAUUUUCGCUGGCUAUUGCGGAUUUUGCCAUUGGAGCCAUAUCGAUGCCAUUGUUUGCGGUGACCACUAUCCUGGGAUACUGGCCCUUGGGUCCGAUUGUCUGCGACACGUGGCUGGCCCUCGACUACCUGGCCUCGAACGCCUCCGUGCUGAAUCUGCUGAUCAUCAGCUUCGAUCGCUACUUCAGCGUCACGCGUCCUCUGACAUAUCGCGCCAAACGCACAACCAACCGGGCGGCGGUGAUGAUCGGGGCUGCCUGGGGCAUCAGCCUCCUGCUCUGGCCGCCCUGGAUCUACAGCUGGCCGUACAUCGAGGGCAAGCGGACAGUGCCCAAGGACGAGUGCUACAUCCAGUUCAUCGAGACCAAUCAGUACAUUACCUUCGGCACGGCGCUGGCCGCCUUCUACUUUCCGGUGACCAUUAUGUGCUUCCUCUACUGGCGCAUCUGGCGGGAGACGAAGAAGCGCCAGAAGGAUCUGCCCAAUCUGCAGGCGGGCAAGAAGGACUCUAGCAAGCGUUCCAAUAGCAGUGACGAAAACACUGUUGUUAACCAUACGGGUGGUGGCGUACUGGGUUUUGGCCAAAUGGGCGGCAACGACCACGACACCUGGCGGCGACCGCGCUCCGAGAGCUCGGCGGAUGCGGAGAGUGUCUACAUGACGAACAUGGUCAUGGAUUCGGGCUACCACGGGAUGCACUCGCGAAAGUCAAGCAUCAAAAGCACAAAUACAAUCAAAAAAUCGUACACAUGCUUUGGCAGCAUCAAGGAGUGGUGCAUCGCGUGGUGGCACUCCGGACGCGAGGACUCCGACGACUUUGCCUACGAACAGGAGGAGCCGUCUGAUUUAGGGUAUGCAACACCAGUAACAAUUGAAACUCCUUUACAAAGCUCCGUCUCCAGAUGCACCUCGAUGAACGUAAUGCGGGACAACUACUCGAUGGGCGGCAGUGUCAGCGGUGUGCGGCCACCCAGCAUUCUGCUGUCGGAUGUCUCCCCCACCCCGAUGCCACGCCCCACACUCGCCUCCAUCUCGCAGCUGCAGGAAAUGAAUGCGGCGGCCACCGCGAAUGCGAGUGUGAGCGCGAAUGCGAUUCCCAGUGUGACGGCCAACAGCAACCACAACGCCAGCAACGGCAUCAACAUCAACAUCAACAACAAUAACAACAGCACGAAUGCCAAUGGAGCGACGGCGAACGGAAGUGGCGGUGCCGGAAACGGAAAUGGAGGCGGAAUCGGACAUGGACACGGACACGGCCACGGGAAUGCAGCGCAUCGGGACUCACGCACCCUGCCCGUGAUCAAUCGGAUUAAUUCGCGUUCGGUGAGCCAGGAUUCCGUGUACACGAUACUCAUCCGGCUGCCCUCCGACGGUGGUUCUAGUUCCGCGGCGGCCAAUGGCACAAAUGUGGGUGGCGGCUCGAAUGUGGGGGGAAGCUCCUCGGCAGCCGGCACAACCCUGAGCCUGCAAGGCGACUGUGCACCCUCCAUUAAGAUGAUACACGAGGAUGCGCCGCCGUGCUCGAGCACCACCAAUACCAGCACUAAUCCAAAUAGCAGCACCACCGCCCCGCCGCCCACUCGGCGACCUCUGCCGUCGCGCGACUCUGAGUUCAGCCUGCCACUUGGCCGGAGGAUGUCCCAUGCCCAGCACGACGCAAGGCUGCUUAACGCCAAGGUUAUACCCAAGCAGCUGGGCAAGGCGGGUGGUGGCCCGGGUGCAGUGGGGGCACACGCCCUACUGAAUGCCCGCAAUGCGGCCAAGAAGAAGAAAAAGUCGCAGGAGAAGCGACAGGAGUCGAAAGCGGCCAAGACGCUAUCGGCCAUCCUGCUGAGCUUCAUCAUUACCUGGACGCCGUACAACAUCCUGGUGCUGAUCAAGCCGCUGACCACCUGCUCGGACUGCAUACCCACGGAGCUGUGGGACUUCUUCUAUGCGCUGUGCUACAUCAACUCGACGAUCAACCCGAUGUGCUAUGCCCUGUGCAACGCCUCCUUCCGGAGGACCUACAUCCGCAUCCUCACCUGCAAGUGGCACACCAGGAAUCGGGAGGGCAUGGUGCGCGGUGUUUACAAUUAGAUUUAGAUAGAGUAUCCCGGCAACAUAAACAUAUUUAUAGUCCUUGAAGUCCACCUGCCCUCAGUUAACUAAUAUUAGUUGCAAAAAGCGUGUUGUGUGCUGAACGGAGAACCGGAAGUUAGGUUUAGGGAAUAACCAUUUGGAAAGCAGUACUGAUUUUUUGAUGUCUAGCCCCCGACUAUUUAUACACAGAGAAUAGAAAAUGCAUUAACAUUCCGAGUUGUGGGCUGCCAGUGAUUUCUUCCAGGACAUCCUUGAGCGUCCCUAGUAUUUGAAAUUCAAACAAUGAUGAUCUCAUUUAUAUAAUCUUAGAAUUAUAUUCUUUCGGCAGCCCCGUGACCCAUCACUUAAACCAUGUUGAUCAGGAUCCCCAAGAAAAUCCCAAAAAUAUAACGAAAGAUUCCAUUUUUGUUAGACGUUUAUGUACUGUUAGGUAGGCACAUGCUCCAUGCAAGAAGAAUUUAAUACAAAUAUAGUGGAUUACGAUUUGGAAUUCAUAUAUACAUGCAUAUAUAUAAAAAUAUAUAUUUACUAUAUUAUUAUACACACGGCAAAAUGAGUUAAGCUUAAGUUUGUUGGCAGGCAGGGGAUAUAGAGAGUCGGGCUAAAACCAAAAAAGCUUUAAUACAAGUUCAAAGUAGUAGGAAGGAUUAAGUUCCGCUGGCAACGAAUCGCAACGCGGAUCGCUAACAAUUUUUGAGGUUGCAUCCUGGGCCAACCAAUGGGAAUCGUUCUGAUCUCGUUCCGAUUUUCGUUGUGUCGGUUAUGGGGUGGGGGUCGAUAUAUAUAAUAUAUAUAUAUCCCAUAUAUUUAUUUGUAGCGGGGGGGAAAUUGUGAUUGUACUGCUCGUUUUUGAUAGUUUGAAUCAGUUUUUUGUACAUGUGCGUAGAAACCAGAAACCAAGUAACAUGUUGCAAGGGGCAAGAAUCGUGCCACAAAUUUGUAGUAACAUACCUGCUAAUAUAUCUGAAUAUGUAUGUAUAAAAUUACGAUUAUUUGUAUGUAUUAAGAACGUAACCCACCACGGUUCAACAACUAAGAACAAACCUUUUGUAACUGACGACGAUUAACUAAUUAAAGCCGGCAACGGAUUAUCAACGGAUAAUACAUAUAGUUCUAAAAAACCAAAAUCGUAAAAGCAAUAGAUCGAGGCGUUGUGUGUCGCAGAGAUGGGCCCAUCGAUCCAGAGACGAUGGCAUAGUAUUUAUAGACAAAAGUAAAAACCAAAAGCCCCCUAGGUUGUGUUGAAAAGUUGCCAAUCCAUCGACUGGCGGACCAUCUCUCCCAACACGACUCCCUCCCUCGAAUCGUACACCAACUCAUAGUUAUUAAACCAAAAAUGCUUCUUCGAAGUGCACCAAUUCAAGUAACUAACUAAAUAACUAACUAACUAACGUAAUUAAUAGUAAACCGCAAGCAUAUUUAAAGCAUAUGAGAGAGUAAAUUAAAAGUACAUACAGUGUAAGCAAAACGACAUCCAGGUACUACGAAAGGACGAAGCGAAGCAUUUUUAAAGUGAGUGUGUAUGUAGGUAACUAAUUGAAAGAUCUAACAAAUUGUUGAGCCUCCUUUCCGCGGAUGGGGAACGGAGGUCCUUGGACGCAAAUCAAAGCGGAGUUUGUAGUGUCUGUGACACAAAAUACGCAUAUUUAUACCUAAACGAUACGAUAUAUACACAAGUAAAUACAUAUAUGAAUACGGUGUUUAAUAUGGGAAUUAACAACCAACAACCAAGUAACCAAGCAACAAGAAAGCAACAACCAACCAAUCCAAAAGACAUGAUUUACAAAAAACCAACCACGCACACACAUCCUAAUGAGCAUAUGGUAUAUGGGCUAGUCCCCAUACCCACUAUACGUAUAUUCGAGUCAAGUCGAGUUGCAAAUCCAAUCCGAAAUACUUAUAGCCUUUAGACUUAUAUAAUCCCGGCCAGGGCCGGACCACUUGAUUACAAAAUACCAAAUAGAUCACAAGAAGGGUUUGAAAACACAUAUACAUAGGCUAAAAAAUAAAAAGAAAAUAAGAAAGUUCUGAGCAAAAACCGAUUACAGCAUUUUGAUGAUGAGAGCAGAUUUAAUUGCAUACAAUCUAAUUGUUUGGAAAUAUACUACGAUAUAAAGUAAUACAUAUAUAAUUUAAAGCUAACAAUAAAAAAUGUGAAUGAAAAAAGA